AUGUCAAACUCAUUAAAGUACAUUGUGGCUCUUGUCCUCUUGGCUCUGGCAGGUUUAGCCCACUAUUGCAGGGAAGUCUAUUGGUCGGUGGAUGUGGCUGUGGCAACCCAAGAAUCCAAGGUGGCACAGAUAAGGUCAAUUCCACUGCCCAACAUUAUCCAAACCAAAGAUUGGCCACCACCUCAUACAGACAUAUUCAUGCCACUCAGCAACAAUAGAACCAGCAAUAUCUAUGCAGGCUUUAACCUUGCGGUAAUCACCAUCUGUUGCCUUGCAGACGAAAAGCACCCUGACCCCUACACAAGUACCCAAGCCAUCAACAAGGAGUACUUUCUUCGACAUGGUAUCCCCUUCAUCAUUUUCCGUGCCUGCGAGUUUUUGGGAGAUUGGGAACGAAUUCUUCGAGCAGGGCAAGUCCUGAAGCAUUCAAGUUCAUUGGAUUUUGUGGCAUGGAUGGAUUGUGAUGCGGGUGUGGUGGCAGGCCCUGAGGAUGAUGCUAUUGUGAAUCCCUUUGUCAGGUUCCUUCGUCACUUUGAUCUUUUCAAUCCUCUUCCCAGUCGGCGUGAUGCAGUGGGAAUGGUGCUGUCUCGUCAUGUGGAUUUCAGUGGAGCCCGGCCCUACAAAACUUGGUAUGGAUUCAGGCCGCAUCUGUGUGAGAAUUCAAAGUACUGGCCAGAGUCUGAAGCAGCGGCGGGGGAUUGUCUGGUCAAUAGUGGAGUCUUGGUUGUACGCAACAAUGAUGCUGGCUUCAAAUCCAUCAACCACUUUGAUGAAGUGAUGCACUGGGGAAACAUCAGCUGGUUGCAGCCAUCGUUCAACUACAUCUUGCAAGAACAGAUUGACAGAGGUACCAAAAAUUACCCUGUCAAAGUUGUCAAUGGUGCUUGGUUCAAUCGAAAGAUUAAACCACUCGGUUUAGACUUUCCUGAAGGAGAGAAAAAUUUGACUGAGGCUGAAUUCUUUCGCCGCCGCUAUUGGACGAAAGAAAUUCCUACCUUUCUCUUGCAUCCUUGGGGUGUUAGUCCUAAGAUUCAGUUUUGGGAUUGUGCAGUGGCAAUCACCCCAAAGUCUGCCGGCCGGAUAAUAGACCAGUGUGGUCAUUGGUUGUACUAG